CCGAAAAUGGAGUCUAAAAGUAACUCUUCGGAUACUUCUAAUGAUAGUGAAGAAGAUCAUAAGAAGACAAGACAGAUGAUCUAUGGUAAAGAAGAGGAAACAAAUAUGGAAUCAACAGACUAUUCGAAUUUACUCGAAGGAGCUGAAGCUUUAGCUCAAGCAAUCGAGCUAGCCAGAGAUCCAGAGAAUAGUAAAUCUAAAACUAAUUCCAAAGAGAAGGAGAGCAAGGGACAUAAGGAUGAUAUGACCCCACCUAAGAAGAAUAAUUAUAUGUACAUGGAUGAGAGCGAAGGUGAGGAUGAAGAUGAUGAUGACAAUUAUGGGUACCCCUCUAAAGACGAUUACUUUGCAGACCUAGCUGAAGGAGAGAUCGUCCUUGACGAUGACUCUGACUACCCACCCUAUGGAGAAGGUGAAGAUGAAGAGAACGAAAACGCUAUUGACCAGUUAAAAAGGUUUUUACAUAUGAAGGGAGAAGAACAAAGCCCAAGUAAAAGUAAAGGAAGUCUGAAGGAAGAAAAGAAGAAAGUUCAUCCAAAGACACCUCAACAGAAACCUACUGUAAAGCGGAGUUAUAGAGAAGACGAAGAAAAAGCUCCAUUUACUCCUCUUUGAGAUAUCAUUGACCAAGAGAUGCUCAAUGACAGCGAUUCUAGUGAAGAUGAGGGUCUCCCAGACUACCGCAUUGGUGGUUACCAUCCAGUACAUGUGGGAGAGGUCUUUUUGGACAGAUACAUUGUCAUCCAAAAGCUUGGCUGGGGACAUUUCUCCACAGUCUGGCUUACCAAAGACUUGAAGUUCGAUACUUUUGUAGCAUUGAAAGUUCAAAAGAGUUCCCAGAAUUAUCUCGAAGCAGCCUAUGAUGAGGUAGAAAUUCUUGACUGAGUAUCCAAAAAGUGGAAGACUGAGGUUUGGCAGGAUUCAUUAAACCAUUAUUACAGAAAGCUUAAUGAGGAAGAGAAGAAGAGUACAAAUAAUAGUGACUGUUAUUGUGUCCAGUUGUUGAACUCCUUCCUUCACUACGGACCUAAUGGCAAGCAUUUCGUGAUGGUCUUUGAGAUCAUGGGUGUAAACUUACUCGAGGUUAUCAAGAAAUAUGACUAUAAAGGAGUACCUAUCCCAUUAGUAAGAUCAAUGGCAAGACAAUGACUGAUCGGAUUGGAUUACUUACACAGACUUUGUAACAUCAUUCACACAGAUUUGAAACCAGAAAAUGUUCUGAUCUGUCUUACAGAGGAAGAGGUCGAUCAGAUCGCUCGGGAAAAUCGACUGAAACAUGGGAAAAACAGUCAAAAGCACUUGAAGAAAGAUAGAAAUAUCGCUCAAUUAGCGCUAGGAAAUGCUUUUAAGAACAUUAUUACUGGUGAGAAGCCUGUUGUUGCUUCCUCGAUCCCAGAUGCACCUGUAGAACUGAAGCCAAUAGACCUUACAAAGCCAUUGCAAUAUGACAACUGAGAAGGGUUUGAAGUAACAACUUAUGCAGAGAUUAUUCCUGGAUAUUCUGAGUUCAACAAGAACAAGAAAAAGAAGGCCCGAGCUAAGCAUCAAACUGAGCUCCUCGAAGUCAACACGAAGAGAUUUGAGGAAUUUGUAGCUGCUUCAAAGCAAAAUGCCCAACUUGCAAAAGAAAAAGAGCAAACGGAAGAUGACAAAGCUCAGGUUAUUCAAGACAGUAAAGACAAAGAUGAAGGUGAAGAGGAAGAAAAGGAAAAAUCUGAUAAAAAGGGCCCUAAGAUCGAUGAAAGAGUAAGGCUCAAGAUCUGUGAUCUUGGUAAUGGGUGCUGGACCCACCACCAUUUCUCAUCAGAGAUUCAAACAAGGCAGUAUAGAUCUCCUGAAACCAUCAUCGGGUUGACCUAUGGAACUUCUGCUGAUAUAUGGAGCUUCGCCUGUAUGAUCUUUGAAAUUAUAACUGGUGACUUCCUAUUCGAACCCAGGAAAGGGCAUAAUUUUGAUAAAGAUGAUGACCAUUUAGCCCAAAUGAUGGAGAUUUUAGGAAAAAUGCCUAAAAACAUUGCUUUCUCAGGAAGACUUUCGAAAAGAUUCUUCGACAAAACUGGGCAUCUACUCAAAAUUAGAGGACUCCAGCACUGGCCAUUAAAGAAGGUCCUAAUGGAGAAAUAUAGGUUUGUUGAAAACGAAGCAGAAGCAUUGGCAGACUUCCUUCUUCCAAUGCUUGAAUGGUACCCUGAAAAGAGAGCUACUGCCAAAGAAAUGCUAGAACAUCCAUGGCUCUCGAUGGAAUCCAAUUACGACUACUUACUAAGUGAGAGAGAUUACCAAGUUAUGAUGCUCAAAAAUAGACUAAACAAUGAGCCUGCUGGAGAGGAUAAUAAAGAGAUGAGUGAGCUCGGAGAAAGCGAUAAUGACCUAUUCAAUGCUGAUUGUGAGGACUUUAACUCUACCAUGUCAGAUGAUGACACUGAUGAUGAAUUAUUUGUCACAAACGGUACAAAGACUAUUGAUAAAAAGAACUAUUUCAGUGAAGACGAGGAUAUUGACACUAGAUUGCCAGGCCCUAACUACUUAAAUAACUCCUUCACUGGGGCAUAUCCGGAGGACAUGAACAGAGAUUAUGCUGAUAAAGGUCCAAACCAACAAUUUUUGAACCUUGAUGAUGAUUAA